AUGGACGACGAGGAGCGCCGGGUGCGGAAGGCCGCUGCGUCUCGUGCUCGUCGGCAGGAUCCUGAGGUGCGAGCUCGAGAGGCUGCCGCCAAGCGAGCGCGGCGCCAGGCCGACCUCGAGGCGGUGCGCGCCCGCGAAGCCGCCGCCAAGCGCGCGCGGCGCCAGGCGGAUCCCGUCGCGGUGCGCGCCAAGGACGCCGCUGCGAAGCGGGCUCAACGAGGUGCAGAUCCCGAGACGGUACGUGCGAAGAAAGCCGCUGCGAAACGUGCGCAACGAGAAGCGGACCCCGGACUGCGAGAGCGGGAAGCGGCGGCCAAGCGCGCGCGGCGCCGGGCGGACCCGGAUGCUGCUCGUGCGCGGGAAGCGGCGGCCAAGCGCCUCGAGCGCUCGCGUUUCAAAGGCGCGGACGCGCGAUUCCAGCGAGACUUUCUGGCCGUGUCGUUUGGUCACAGUUGCGACGUGUACGAUCGACUGUGGUUCGCAAACAAUCUGGUGCCGGUGUCUGGAUUCAAGAGCGACAGUGCUCGUGAGAACGCCAUCGCCGUUCUGCGGCGCGAGUUUCCCGCCGCCGACACGGAGUACGGUGAGUACAAGUUCCUCUCUGGAGACGCAAUCGUUGGGCACACGCCAAGACCAAGUCAUUGUAGCGAAACAGAUCAUGAUAACUUCACAGCAGAGCCAGAACAUGAGGCAGCACCGGGUCUCCAUCGCGAGUCGGGGAAAGCUGGAGAAACAUCACCAGAGCCAGCGUGUGAGCCGUUGCGUGUCACAGAUAAAUCUGUUCAAGUGCGACUACUAACCCACCAUGAAGCAUCACAAGCAAAUGAAGAGAAAAUUCUUUCAACAAGUGCUACCCAAACGGAGCCUCAAGCUCUUUCUUCAGGUUCUUUGUCGUUUGCAUCCCUGGAGCAGUCUUCUUCAUCGGUGUCUGUACGAGGUCGGCUGCAUUCCUGCCAGCAGUGCACCUAUGUGACCCUGGACAAGUCAACUAUGAACAGACACCUUCGGAAACACAUGGGCGAGCUCCCCUUACAGUGCCACUUGUGUCCUUCUGCCUUCACUCAAAACUACAAUCUGAUGACUCACUUGCACACCCAUGCAGGAAAGCUUCCCUUCCCCUGCAUUCACUGCAGUGCAUCCUUUUUGCAGAAAAACGACCUCAUGAAACACUUCCGCACACACACAAAAGAGCGUCCCUUUUCCUGUGUCCACUGCAAUGCUUCGUUUGUGAUGAAAAGACACUUUGUCAAGCACAUGCUCCUUCACACAGGAGAGCGUCCUUUCCCCUGUGCUCACUGCAAUGCAUCGUUUUUGCGGAAGUACGCCCUCUAUGAACACAUGCGCUCUCACACUGGAGAGCGUCCCUUUUCCUGUGUCCACUGCGAUGCAUCCUUUUCGAUGAAGGGCACCCUCGUGAGACACAUGCGCAUUCACACAGGAGAGCGUCCCUUUUCCUGUGUCCACUGCAAUGCAUCGUUUGGGAUGAAAUGCCACCUUGUUGAGCACAUGCGCACUCACACAGGAGAGCGUCCUUUCUCCUGUGCGCACUGCAAUGCAUCCUUUGUGCAGAAGAACCAACUCGUGAGACACAUCACCAAGCACACAGGAGAGCGUCCCUUUCCCUGUGUCCAAUGCAAUGCGUCCUUUUUGACGAAAGCUUACCUCGUUGAGCACAUGCGCAGUCACACAGGAGAGCGUCCCUUCUCGUGUGUCCACUGCACUGCAUCAUUUUUCCGAAAGAACCACCUCGCGGUACACAUCCGCACGCAUACAGGAGAACGCCCCUUCUCCUGUUUUCACUGCAAUGCAUCUUUUUCACAGAACUCCCACCUCGCGAAACACAUGUCCCGUCGUCAUGCAAACAAGAUGCCAUAAAUGUGUGGGGCCUACAGGCUUUCUCUUAAAGGCCAACUCCGGUGAUUUUUUGACCAUGUCAAAGUAAUGGUGCUUCUGUGUUGCUUAGAGGCUCCUGUCACGGGCCCGAUAGUAGAAAUACGUAACAAAUUGCACAAUAAUUUGAAAUAAUAAAAAAAAGCGCAACACCGAAACCGAAAUCCAACCAAGCAGUCUGUCUUCGCGUGACGUAAAACUUGUUAAAAACCGGAAAUUGCGCAAGGCAUGCGGUUCCUCCAGCGGGGAGUAUGAAAGCUGCGAGAGCGGCGAAAAGCAGACGCUCAGCAGAAAGGUGACCACGCCGCGACAGCCGUACCAAGUCUGUGACUGACGUUGCCGCGUGCAUAUGCUCCUCGAAGCUUUCGCACAAUGACAGCUGCGAUUAAGACGCAUUUGGAGGCCAAUUACAAAAGCCAUUCCUCUAUGAUGAAGUAAAACAUACCUGUUUAGCCAUGUGCAUGCCUGGUUGCAGAUUCCAAUUCCAGAUGGCGCCACCUGUCCAGGUGGCUGAAGCAGGCUGAAUUUUGUGGCUGCUGUGAUCGGGGUGAAGUGCUAACGUCGAAGUUUGCGGACUAACUAAAACUUUUUAGCAAUGCACUGGGAAGAGUACAUACGUUUGUGGAUAUCGGCGUUUGACAACGCGCCGGUGAGGUCGAUCAAAAUAAAUAUAAGCCAAGUACGAACAACCUUUCGCUCGAUGCGCCGCUUAUGGUACACGGAUAGGCCCGGUCACGGUGGACCUUGUUUACGUUACGGUAAAUGUUUCUGUACGACAAUGUUUACGCAGGUGCACUCUUCAGCCGGUACGGUAUUACCACAGUGUACGUGCGGCAAACCGGCACUGCUAGCUAAAACAGUCUAAUAUCGAGACGAAAGGUAAUCUUUAGCUGCAAGUGUUGCGUGACUGUUCAGGUAAUCGUACGGGGAAUGGUGUGCAGCCACAACACAACACCACUUGCCACCCAUCGCACGCAGGCCCACAGGGAACUGAAAUUCGUACGCCGAACCAAGGAAGCGUUGGCCAAACACAUGCGAUCGCUGCCUUGUGGACAGCAGACGAUGUAGUGCACUGGCACUUUGAUUCCGUCACUUCCGUCGUUUUGCCGUAAAUGACGUCACGCACACAAUGUUGCCAAUAAUUGUGGGAAGCCAGUUGGGAGAGUUGGGGCAAUCUAUAAAAUUCAUUUGUAAAGAGUCUGCGUAUCUCUCCAAUCUGUAAUUUGGUAUAAAUGACGGAAACAUGCAAAGGAACGUACCCGGUGAAUUUUAUUGAGAUCUAAUGACCCUGAAAAAUCACUGGAGUUGGCCUUUGAAGAAGUGGAGGUGUGGCUGGAAGUGCGAAGUUCAUUAAUUAGAGGUGACAGUGAAGGUGGGAUUAGGAACAACGCUUACUUCAGCAAUUCACAAGGGAGAGUAGAACGCAUUUGUGUUAGGGAAUAAAGCUUUCUGUUGGUCGAGUUGGUGUUUUAUCACAUACAUUUUUUAGCGCAAAAGCUGAGGGGAAAGAAAUCUUAAGAAAAAAACACAGUGCACAGGGCAAGUGCUAAACAUCAACUGACUUUAUUUCAGAAAAAAAAAAACACGGAAAGUAGACCCCUUGAGCGCAUGCGUGCCACCGCUGCAUCACUAAUUAAGCAUCAAAUAAAAAAAGCUGUACUCUCUAUUGAACAAAUAGAUAGAAGUAUCGCUAAUACACACCGUGCCCUUGUUCUUGAUAUGAUAGGCUUCCAGCAAAUCUCUUCUCAAGGUGUAAGCACUUCUGCCCAGUGUCUUAAUCUCGCGAAGCCGUGGUGCACGUUUCCAAGCUGCGUGAUGGACGGGCGAAUGCGCAUUGCUAUUAUUUUUCAAGGAUAACUCAUAUUCCUGCGCACGGUCAUUAAUAUAUCUCUCAGUUUGAUCUAUGUAUGUCUUCCGACAUGAUAGUGGUGUGGCAUACAUGACGUCGAUGGCGCACUGUACGUACUAUGGCCUGGCAUGUUUCUUUUCGCAUCCCUGCUUUUCUUGGCAUACGCGUGCGCACAAGCCGCCCAGCUUUCGAGGAGCAGAGAGUGCGACUGGCACGCCGUGUUUGCUGGCAACCAUCUUAACGUUGCGGGCCAACAUAUUAAUGUAUACGGUGCCACUUCAGGUCCCCACCUCACUCGUUCUGCAUCGCUGGUGCUUUGCGGCUUUGUGCCUCUCAUCUUCUUCAAAAUGUUUUGGGUGAUUGCACCAAGGACGAUGCACGGGUAGCCGGCUGCCCGUAGCCUCUAUAAUUGUACUUGAAAGCUGGCCUGCAUCAUGUGCAUGAUGCAUAUCUUUGCCAGAGUCGACUCCAGACAUAGUUUCACAAUACUUUUUACAAACUUGUGUAUUAGCGAUACUUCUAUCCAGUGGCAUAGCCAGGGGGUGGUACACCGGGCCCAUGCUUCCCCCCCCCCCCUUAAAUUUUUUUCUGCCAUAGCAUACAGAGCCCAAAAUGGCACUGGACCACAUCUGCCUGCACGCCCCCAAUUCAGAUCUAGGAGCCCCCGCCCCCCCCAUAAAAAAUUUCUGCCUACGCCCCUGCUUCUAUCUAUUUGUUCAAUAGCAAGUACAGCUUUUUUUGAUUCGAUGCUUGAGUAGCAAUGCAGCAGCGGCACACUUAAGGGGUCUACUUUCCGUGUUUUUUUUUCUGAAAUAAAGUCAGUUGAUGUUUAGCGCUCGCCCCGUGCACUGUGUUCUUGUCUUCUAAAGAUUUAUUUACUUUCAACUGUUGCGCUAUAAAUUGUAGUUUGUGGUAGGGAAGAGGAGUAGUAGAAAAGAGGGGAAAGGAGAGGCCAGCUCCUUGAAGGUUUUAGGGUCUAUUCCCACUGCCACCAUUUUUCUAAUCGGUAGAGAAGGUACUCCAGCCCGGUGCUCAGAGUUGCAGGUACACAUUUCUCGACAAGGUGGCUGCUUAUUUUCUCGGUCAUCCUUCACUGCUCCACCCAGUGACACUGUGCCGUGCUCUCAUAUGGCUUCCAGAAAUAUCCUAAACCUCUACUUUUUGUGUAUUCACACCAUCGAGCACCAGAUCGGGGUGACUUUCCAGUAGAAGGAGUGAUGAGCGGCCACUGGGAAUUUUAACCGACACCUCCAGAAUACAAAGCAGACCCUCUGAAGGCUUUAUCAUAGCUAUGGUUAUUAAAAGUGAAUGCAGUGGUGGAUGUUGAGCGAGUAUGAUGCUGAAGUGGCCUCUCCUCCUUUAUGCUAGCUGUAGGAGAAGUGUUUAUUAAUCAAAUUAAGUAAAAGGUGGAUGCACCUUUUGUUAGCCCGUAAGAGAAAACAGCGCAUAUUGGUGAGAAAUUAGAAUGAAAUAAUAUGAGAGUAAAGGGAUUUUCAACGAUUUUGUGGUGGGGGUGUUUGGACAUCGGUGGCCUUCGCAGAAGAAGUGGCUUAGGUCGCAUUCACUCGUCACAGUUCUCAGGGUGCUGUCGAAUCCAUAGACGAGUGCACCUCUGUUGCCGUGCAUAGGGCAGGGGUUAGAGGUGGUUGUACAAGCAUGCGCAACACUUUGACUGUCCAUGCUUGCUCCACUUGGAGAUGUAUGGACAAGCUGGGUACUAAAAGCCGUCACGCUUAUCUUCUAGAUAAUCAGUAUUGGAGAGAGAGAAAGAAAUACUUGAAUGAAAUGUUAGCCUGGCUAUUCGCCUGGCAUACGACUCCAGGUGCUUGGUGAUGAUUAUGAUAUAUACACUGAUAAACACUUAACCAUAUACUAAAGUCACACACACACGUGCACACACAUAAAUUACACUAUUUACAAAGAUUUGUUAAGGCUCAUGGCCCGCAAGAAUGCAGGGGUGGAACAGCUGCGCCAUUCACGUCAUUGCGCGCCAAACUUAUUUACCUGCGCCAUCCUGCACCGAACCACCCCUGUCGCACCAAACUCGUUUAUCAGCACCGUACUGCGCCACAGCACCCGAAUUUAGCCGCAAGGUGCAACAGCCAUAGAGCCCCGUGCCUGAAAACAGAGCUGAAACAUCGUCUUUUCAGUUUCAUGAAGGCUGUGAUCGCCUAGAGAGGUUGGCCCAAGAGGCACUGCACGCCACAGAAAAAAAAAAAAGAAAGGACAGAGGUUUCACAAGUGUUGGGACCAAGCUCUGUCUUUUAAUUGCAAUAUGGACUCUCUCGGCGGGUUUUUGCCGUCACUAUCAUGUCCCAUAUAUGUGUGUAUAUAUACAUAAA